AUGGAAAAUUUAGAAUCUCUAUGCCAAAAAAUACAAGAAUUUUUUGAAUUGGUUGAAAAUCAUGAAAAUCAAAUUCAGGAUUGGAUAAUAGCAUCAAAGAAGCCGUGCAGUUCUAUAGUUAAUCAAAGUUUGUUUUAUAGAGCAAUUUUACAAGAAUCUACAUUUGAUAAUUCCAGUAUAAUUGGAUUUGAAAAUUUUGAAGGUUUCAAAAAUGGUUUAGCAUAUGAAAUUUUCAAAUCAUUGCAAGAGAAUUUGACAAUUUUAGAAAAUAUCAGAGCCAAAAACUUAAUAGAUCUUUCUUUACUUAAUCCAUGCUGCCCUUCGCUUGAACAUAUAGUAAUUUGGUGUGAAGAUAUUUGGAGAUACUACCAUUCAUUUUAUUUACAAGUGACACUAGCUUUAACUAACUUGGAGUAUGAAAAUGAAGAUACAAAGAUUUAA